AUGGCCGCUCGGUCUAAGCCGUAGACAGCGGCUCGGAGUCCCCUUCUUUUUUGUCUGACAGCGCCAACUCUAAAGAGGGCUCCUCUGCGGGGGCCCGAAAGAGGGCCCAGAGGGGCUUCUAGACGGUACUGAAAGAUAGCUAACUGAAGCUUUUCUGUGAAGAUGGCAAACCUUUUGAGUGAUAGUCUUCUUACUUAUGUAGAAGAGGAAAACAUUCCUGGCCUAAAAGCAUUUCUAGAAAAAUGCAAGGAUGUGGAUGAGAGAAAUGAGUGUGGCCAGACUCCAUUGAUGGUAGCGGCUGAAAAUGGCAAUCUUGAGAUAGUAAAAGAACUACUUAAGAAUGGAGCUAAUUGCAAUCUGGAAGAUGUGGAUAACUGGACAGCUCUUAUAUCAGCAGCAAAAGAAGGUCACCUAGCCAUUGUGAAGGAGCUGCUUAAAUGCAAUGUUAAUUUGGAACAUAAAGAUAUGGGAGGAUGGACAGCUCUUAUGUGGGCAUGUUAUAAAGGCCAUACAGAAGUAGUAGACUUGCUCCUUUCAAAAGGCGCCAAUCCAAAUGUCACUGGACUGCAAUAUAAUGUUUAUCCAAUCAUUUGGGCUGCUGGGCGAGGCCAUGCAGAUAUUGUAUAUCUGUUACUGAAAAAUGGAGCUAAAGUCAAUUGCACUGAUAAGUAUGGAACUACCCCCUUAGUCUGGGCUGCACGAAAAGGUCAUUUGGAAUGUGUAAAGCAUUUAUUGCAUAUGGGAGCAGAUGUUGAUCAAGAAGGAGCUAAUUCAAUGACUGCCCUUAUUGUGGCAGUAAAGGGUGGCUACACGCAAUCAGUAAAGGAAAUUUUGAAAAGGAACCCAAAUGUGAAUUUAACAGAUAAAGAUGGAAAUACAGCUUUGAUGAUUGCGUCAAAAGAGGGACACAUUGAAAUUGUGCAGGAUUUACUUGAUGCUGGAACAUAUGUGAAUAUUCCUGAUAGGAGUGGGGAUACUGUGCUAAUUGGUGCUGUCAGAGGUAGUCAUGUUGAAAUUGUUCGAGCUCUCCUACAGAAAUAUGCUGACAUAGAUAUUAGAGGACAUGAUAAUAAAACUGCUUUAUAUUGGGCUGUAGAGAAAGGCAAUGCAGCAAUGGUGAGAGAUAUCCUGCAGUGCAAUCCAGAUACUGAAAUAUGCUCAAAGGAUGGUGAAACACCACUUAUAAAAGCCACGAAGAUGAGAAAUAUUGAAGUGGUUGAACUUCUGCUAGAUAAAGGAGCUAAGGUGUCUGCUGUAGAUAAGAAAGGAGAUACUCCUCUUCAUAUUGCCAUUCGUGGCAGAAGCCGGAAACUAGCAGAACUUCUUUUAAGAAAUCCAAAAGAUGGACGACUGCUUUAUAGGCCAAACAAAGCAGGAGAGACACCAUACAACAUUGACUGUAGCCAUCAGAAAAGCAUUUUAACUCAAAUAUUUGGAGCCAGACACUUGUCUCCUACUGAUGCUGAUGGAGACAUGCUUGGUUAUGACUUGUACAGCAGUGCUCUGGCUGAUAUUCUUAGUGAGCCAACAAUGCAACCCCCCAUUUGUGUGGGAUUGUAUGCCCAGUGGGGAAGUGGGAAAUCUUUUUUGCUCAAGAAAUUAGAAGAUGAGAUGAAGACUUUUGCAGGACAACAAAUUGAACCUCUUUUCCAGUUCUCAUGGCUUAUAGUAUUUCUUACACUGUUACUUUGUGGAGGGUUGGGUUUGUUACUUGCCUUUACUGUGGACCUGAAACUUGGAAUAGCAGUGGCUUUAAGCCUCUUGGCACUCCUAUAUAUUUUCUUUAUUGUAAUUUACUUUGGUGGCCGAAGGGAAGGAGAAAGUUGGAAUUGGGCCUGGGUGGUAAGCACUAGGUUGGCAAGACAUAUUGGCUACUUGGAACUCCUCCUCAAACUGAUGUUUGUGAACCCCCCUGAAUUACCAGAACAAACUACAAAAGCUUUACCAGUCAGAUUUUUAUUUACAGAUUACAAUAGACUUUCCAGUGUGGGUGGAGAAACUUCAUUGGCUGAGAUGAUUGCAACUCUUUCUGAUGCUUGUGAAAGGGAAUUUGGUUUCUUAGCCACAAGACUUUUUCGAGUAUUCAAGACUGAAGAUACGCAGGGAAAAAAAAAGUGGAAGAAAACGUGCUGCCUCCCAUCUUUUGUUAUCUUCAUUUUCAUCUUGGGAUGUAUUAUUGCUGGAAUCACUCUCCUUGCUAUAUUUAGAGUUGACCAAAAACAUAUGACAGUGAAUGCUAUUCUUAUAUCAAUUGCAUCUAUUGUUGGUUUGGCCUUCAUCUUAAACUGUCGUACUUGGUGGAAAGUACUAGACUCUAUCCUAAAUUCUCAGCGUAAACGUCUUCAUAAAGCUGCCACCAAAUUGCACAAGUUGAAAAGUGAAGGUUUCAUGAAGGUUCUGAAAUGUGAAGUGGAAUUGAUGGCUAGAAUGGCAAAAACUAUUGAUAGCUUCACUCAGAAUCAGACAAGAUUAGUGGUCAUCAUUGAUGGGCUGGAUGCUUGUGAGCAAGACAAAGUCCUACAGAUGCUGGACACAGUUCGAAUUCUGUUUUCAAAAGGUCCAUUCAUUGCUAUUUUUGCAAGUGACCCACACAUAAUUAUAAAGGCAAUUAACCAGAACCUCAAUAGUGUACUUCGUGAUUCAAAUAUAAACGGUCAUGACUACAUGCGCAAUAUAGUUCAUUUGCCGGUUUUCCUUAAUAGUCGUGGAUUAAGCAGUGCAAGAAAAUUUCUCGUAACUGCCACUACAAAUGGAGAAGUUGUAUGUUCUGAUAACACAGGAUUACAUGAAGAUGCUGACAGAAGAGUUUCCCAGAACAGCCUUGGGGAAAUGACCAAACUUGGCAGCAAGACAGCCCUCAACAGACGGGAUACUUAUCGAAGAAGACAGAUGCAGCGGUCCAUUACGCGUCAGAUGUCUUUUGAUCUUACAAAGUUAUUGGUGACAGAAGACUGGUUCAGUGAUAUCAGUCCUCAGAUUAUGCGAAGACUGCUUAAUAUUGUUUCUGUUACAGGACGAUUAUUGAGAGCCAAUCAAAUUAGUUUCAACUGGGAUAGGCUUGCUAGCUGGAUCAACAUUACGGAACAGUGGCCAUACCGAACUUCAUGGCUCAUACUGUAUUUGGAGGAAACCGAAGGUGUUCCAGAUCAAAUGACAUUAAAAACCAUCUAUGAAAGAAUAUCAAAGAAUAUCCCAACAACCAAAGAUGUUGAACCGUUGCUUGAAAUCGAUGGUGACAUAAGGAACUUUGAAGUGUUUUUGUCUUCACGAACACCAGUUCUUGUGACUCGAGAUGUAAAAACUUUUUUGCCAUGUACUGUAAAUCUGGAUCCUAAACUUCGAGAAAUUAUUGCAGAUGUUCGUGCUGCAAGAGAACAGAUUGGAGGACUUCAAUAUUCUGCUAUGCAACUACAAGAUGUGAAUCCUCGGGCCCCAUCUGCAUUUAGUCUACCUGCAACUCUGAGUUCUUCAGCUUCCUAUAAUGGACCUUUUCCUGGUAAUAUGCUAUCACCACAGCCUCCUAGCAGCUAUUACAGUGGCCUAACAGGACCUCAGCAUCCCUUCUAUAAUCGGCCAUUCUUUGUCCCAUAUGUUUACCCGCCAAGGUAUUACCCUGGCAGUUUUCAACAUCUCAUCCCACGUCCAUCUAUAAAAACGAAUUUUUCCAGAGAUCAGAACAGUGGCCUAGAAGUUAUCAAGGAGGAUGCUGCUGAAGGGCUUUCUUCACCCACAGACUCCUCAAUGGGAACAGCGUCAGGACAGACAGUGACAUUGAACUCAAUGAAUGUGGAUUCUGUGUGUGAGAAACUGAAACAAAUAGAGGGUUUGGACCAGAGCAUGAUACCUCAGUACUGUGCAACAAUAAAAAAGGCAAAUAUUAAUGGCCGUGUACUGGCUCAAUGUAACAUUGAAGAAUUGAAGAAAGAAAUGAAUAUGCAUUUUGGGGACUGGCAUCUUUUCAGAAGUAUGGUACUUGAUAUGAGAAAUGCAGAAAAUCAACCAAUUGCUGAAGAGUCACAUGUAAUGACUGAUCAUGCCGAUAUCUCAGUCCCUCAUGGCGAAUCUCUUCGUCGCUCAUUACAUAAUGAAUUGCCACAUACAGAACUUUCUAGUCAGGCUCCCUAUACAUUGAACUUUAGUUUUGAAGAACUGAACACUAUUGGUCUUGAUGAAGCUCCUCCACGCCACAGUAAUUUAAGUUGGCAGGAAGAAAAUGACAUCCAAGGUAAUGGCUUCUGAAAAGGAGAAUUCAAUCUGAAAUAAGGUAUGUGGAAGUCAAACUACUGUAUCCAAAUUUUCAAAGUCCUUUCCUUUAAAAAAAAAAAAAAAAAAAAGGUAGGUUUUAGGAGCGUUUGAAGAUAAUUUUUUGUAAUUGAUUAGUUAUAUGUCCUGUACUUGAUAAGUUAAAUGUCAAUUCAACAGUCUCACUAGAGACAGGGAAGAAAUACCAAAAUAAGUGUCAUAAGUUGACUCCUACAUCAUAAAGUUGUGGAAAUCACUUAGGAUAUAUGCGAAUAUAAACAGUGUAAAAUACUUAUGUCAGUUAUAUUACAUCAGUGGGAUAAAACAAUGACAAAUUAUCAGGCUUGAAAUGACGAAUUUUGAAAGACAUCUCAGAAAUUAUAUGUUUAAUUUAUUACCAUAUGCAUAAAGCAUUUUGAAGGAAAAGUAAAACUUCAUCUCUAAACCAGUCUACAGGACAAGCAUACUAUAUACUAUAACCAGCUAAAAUCAGAUCAUGAUAUCCAUAAAGUCCAUCUUUUAACCAUGCAAAACUAAUUGAUAGUCCUCAGUUCAGUAUAGAAAGUUUGUAAAAUAUACAUAUAUAUAUGUGUGUGUGUGUGUGUGUGUGUGUGUGUGUAUAUAUACACGUAUAUAUAUAAUGGAUAUUGUAUUUCUUCUCAGUAGUUGAGAGAGCUAAGAAGAGAAUUUAGAAUUGGGGGGAAAAAAAAGAAAAGUCUAAGCCUGCAUAGUGAAAAACCUUGGAUUAGAACCCAAUCUUUUCAAUUCCAAGGAGAUUACUCUGUAUGUUUGACCAUACUGGACUUAAGCUUUAUAUUAAAAUAUGAUUAUUGAAUAAAAAUAAUGAAAAAAUGAUGAAAAAGAAAAUAUGCAUAAUAGUAAAAUACAGCUGUUACUGUAAUAGUAACUAUUUAAGUAUGUAUCUUUAAAAUGCCAAUUAAUGUAUAUUAAACUGUGCUACAGAAUUAUGUUGUAGAUAAAAUUUAUAAUAGAAUCAUUCUGGUACUUGACUAAGAUGUUUUUCAGAUAUUGUCUGUCCAAAGUAGACUUGAUUUCUAACUAAUUACAUGAUAGAGCAAAUAGUGUGGUUCCAUGGUAGGAUUAUUUUGAGAGGAUAACAGUUAACAGAAAUAUUGGCAAAGGAUAAAUCAACCUACAAAGUUAUUACCAAAAAAACUUGUUGAAUAAUUCUUUAAAAUAUGGUAACCUUUCUGAUUUAGUUGUAAUUGGAAAGAUCAGUUGAAUUUUAAGCUAAAAAUCUUGAGUUAUGAUUAGAUUAUCUUCAAGUAAUUUUAUCAAACUUCUUACAAAUAUUAAAGUGUAAUUCUGUUGUCUUCUGAAAUUAAUAGAAAUAAAAAGCUCACUUGCAAUUAGCAUAAUUUGCUGAAGUCCUUAACACUUUAAGCAGGUUACAUACUUUCUCAGUCUCUUGUUUAAAUAUGUGACAUCACCCUAGACAAAUAAUUGCACUUUCUGAAUUAUUGGAGCUUGAAUUAGUUAUAAUGUAAAUUAGACUAUGUUCUCAAAACUACAUAAAGUAAAGAGCGAUUGAGAAUUGUGAAGAACAAGGAAGGAUACUGUUAGUAAACAGAAAGGUGAUGGUAAUCAUUUUGUAACUGAUAUUUUAUUUAUACCUGUCACUUCUAUUUGCUAUCAAGGCAAAGUGGAUUCCAUCUUUCUUACUAUCCUACCUACUAGCAAAGCAAUACUGCUUUCUCUCCUUAUUGACAAAUAACUUUUCCUAAUAGUUGAUUCCCCUCUCUAGAAAUAAAUGGGAAAAGAAAAGGUUGCUUUGCCAGUGAAUAUUCUUGCUAUUCAAUGGAUUUGAGAAGAAAGACAAAUCACACUAUUUUCUUUGUGUAUGUGUGUGUGUGUGUGUGUGUGUGUGUGUGUGUUUUGUAGCUAUAGCUGGAAUUUAAUAGUUAAAUGUUUUUAAAUAGCAUAAAGUUUUGAGAGAAGCACAAAUGUAUGACUGCAUGUAUGCAAUAUAGGUAUAAACCAACAUUUCAUAUUUUUCAUAUUUCAUGCCACAUUUUUAAUAAGAAAAAAAUACAUUUUUUCCCUAAUCUUUACCUUUCUGAUCCCUGUUUAGAGCUAAGUAUUUUUCUCUUUAGAUCUUCAGAAUGUGCACUUUUAUUCCAACUAAAUUUUAUGUGCUUCAGUUUUUAUAGUUACUUAUUUUCUUUCAUUCAAUUUUUCAAUUUAGUUUUUUUUCUUUUCACAUAUACUCCUUUUCCUUCUCCCCAAUUUGGAAAGAUCUUAAGGGAGGCAGCUCUAAUUAAACAACUGCUUUGCAACAAUUUUGGGGGGAAAAAAACCUGAAUCUUUUGGAGAAAACUUGAUGGGGAAUGCGCCAGUUAUCUUUAAAUAUUUGAAGAAUAAUCAUUUGGUGGACAGAUUGGACUGGGUCUCUUCAAGAUCCUAGAGAAGAGAAUUGGGAUGAGUGUGCGGCAAUUUCAGAGGAAGAGAUUUUGUUUCAGUAUAGUAAAAGAGAAAAAAAAGGCAUAAUACAUAAUGACUAUGUUAGCCUUGGGUCAGGAGGAUCUUAGUUCAAAUCCUUUUUCUGAAAUAUACUAGCUGAAUGACCAUUAGCAAAUCAUUUAGUCAUUUAAUUUGAAACCAUUGUUACUGUCAAGUUGCUGAAUAAAACUACUGGAGGGAAUUUCCAUGCUGGGAAUUCCUCACACUAAUGAAAUCUCAGGCCAGAACCUAAUUAACUAAAUUAGUAAGGGAAACUACUUUAACAAUUAAUUUCAUCUUUAAAAAAACUGAUGAGGUGGAGACCACCUAGUAAGGGCAACCAAAAGAGUCUCUAUGCCAUACCUUAGCAUUUAAGAACCAUAGGGAUGUUAAGAAAAACUUUAAAGAGGAAAUAAAAGCCAUCUUUAAAUAUUUGAAGGACUGGUUUGCAGUGAGUGAUAUUUAUUCUGCUUGAAUUUUAAGUUAAUCUUGAGUCAUGCUCAGAUUAUCUUCAAGUGAUUUUAUCAAACUUCUUACAAAUAUUAAAGUGUAAUCUUGUCUUCUGAAAUUGAUAGGAAAAAAACCUCACUUGUAAUUAGCAUAAUUUGCUGAAGUCCUUAAUAUUUUAAUCAGGUUAGAUACUUUCUCCUCAGUCUCUUGGUAGUAUUAUAAAUCUGAUGUACUUACAUCACCCUAGAUAAAUAAUGGCAAAUGUAGGAAAAAUUAAUCAAAAUUUUAUUGGUGUGAAAAGACAAAUUUAGGUUUGAGUAAUAAAAGCCACCAAAAAUAAUUUGUCUAUGAAGAAAAGACUGGCACAAGCAAGUAAUUAAGUUUCCAAAAAUGGAAUGGAUUGUCACUAAAAGUAUGGUGGACUUUCCUUAGAGAUUGUGAAGCAAAGAUAGAUAAUUAUUUGUCAUAUAUAUCAUAGAAGGAAUUCUUGUUGAAGUGGGUAAAUGGUCUGGAUUCUCUUCCAAUCAGGUGAAUUUAUGAGAAUAGAAGACUUCUUUAUGAAGUAAUGAAUUCCUCAUAACUAAAAACGUUCAAGAAGAGGCUUGGUUGAUCACUUCUUAGGAUAAUUAUAGAGGGCAUUUGUAAUCAAGCACAGGUUUGCCUUAGAACUCAAGAUCCUCUUCUGUUUAUGCUUUUAUUCCUGAUGUAGCAUAGCUUACAAGUGUAAGAACAAGAAAAAUUUGUAAUCAGGUACUCUUCAAUUCUUUAUCAUAGAGAUUUCAGAAAACAUUCCUAAACUAGCAUAAAUCAUCUACCAUUUUGUUAUCCAAAUUCUUUUUUCCCAUUAGUAUGCAUUAUUGAGAAUUGAUUCCUGUCAAAAUUUCAAGUAAUGAUCAAUUUUUCUCCUAGAGGGAUUUGACUUACUUAUAAUUUACUUCUUUAGAGUUUAUUUAGAAGUUAACAUAGUUUUAUGAGCUUUUGAAUGUCUGUUCUUGUUGCCAUUAUUCCACCACAGCUGAUCUUUUUUUUUUUUUUUUUUUUAAAGCUUUGUUACUUGCUUUUUCCAUUCUGCUUCCAGCAAGGCAGAUUAAUUGGAGUGUAGUAAGAAACGCUCCCAGAAUACGCCCUUUCCUAGUAUAUUGGUAAAACAACAGAGAUUGGGGAGAGAGAGGCCCAAUCCCUCCUUGCUGAGGGGUAGGAGGAACCUUCCAUACUUUCGGCUGCCAUCAGUCUCAUUCUCUCCUCUUUAGUCACCUCCUCCACAACUUCUUGACCAACUGUAUUGCUGCCUUUCCUUAUAUUAUACUUCUGGGACUAUGAACCAUGAUCAUGAACCAUUGAUCCUCUAAGUUUGUGUCAUUUUGCUCUUCUUUCUCUUCAUCUCUGUAACUCAGUGGAACAAAGUUGUCCUCCCUUACUACUAUAACCCAGUAUGUAUUGUUUUCUUCAUUAGAAGAGGAUCAGGACUAUCUUUGCUUUUGUACUUGUGUAUCUGCAGAAUUUAGCACAGUACUUGACACAUAGUAAGCACUUAAUAAGCUUUUUAGAUUUGUUUUUUUACCUUCCGAGCUCAAAAAAAAAAAAAAAAAAAGGUGAGGUUUUAUUAUGGAUUUUUGCUUUAUAGUCAAGUUUGUUGGAAUCCACCUAUACUGAGGUUUCUAGUUCUUAUGAAUUGUUUCAUGCUAAUGCUUGUCAAUAUACAUUUCUCCGCCACCCCCCCCAACUUCAUCUUGUUGAUUCAAAUUCAACUUGUUAAUUUUGAUUCUAUAACUUUUGCUGUGUCUUGUAUUUUCUUUGUAGGAUUUUUAUUUUAUGUUCAUUGUGGUUUGAAUUGAACCAUUUCUCUCAUUUGUCAAAAUAUCUUUGAAUUCUAGUCACACUUUGCUUUAUCAGUUCUGAGAUUAUGAAAAUUUCUUUACAAAAGCCUUCACAUUCUGAUAAAAUUUAUUUCAGAGGUAAAAUAUUUUGACUUUUGCAGCAGGUAAUUUUGAAAUGAAAUCAGAAGGGCUAUUAUUGCUUGAAAGUGAAUGGAUUUUUUUGUUUUUAUUCUGGAUUUCUUUUAUACGCUCCAUAUUUUUAUUAUCCUGUGAACUAAGUUGGUAUGCUAAAGCAUGUGCAAAAUAUCAGGAUAUUUAAUUUUAUUCUUUUUCUUACUCUUAUCAAUGAACUCAUAAGUCCACUGCCUUCCCCUGACCUUAAUGCUGUUUUAUUUACUAAGUAAUUUGUUUCUUUCUACAUCUAACCUUAUCAGUGUUUUUUAAUGUAUUUUCUUUUUUUAAUUAAAUUUUUUUCAAUGAAAAUUUGCCUUCUAUCCCUACUUCUUCAGUGUUACUCUUCUUCCUCUGCCAAUAAAGGAAAACCUCCCAACACUUUAGUAGAAACACACAGAGUCAAGCAAAAUUAAAAUUCUACAGUGACUAUAUUAAAAAAAAAAGUUUCAUUCUGUUCUUUGAGUUUAUCACCUCUCCAUCAGGAUGUGUGUAGUUUAUUUCAACAUAAGUCUUUUGGAACUAUGGUUGGUCAUUGUGCUGAUUGGUCCCUAACUCUUUCAUAGUUGUUUGCCUUUACAGUAUUGUUAUCAUUGUAUGUAAAAUACCAUUUAUUACUUAACCCUGGGCAGUCACUUCAUUUGUGAUACUCUAACAUUACUCCUCGGUAUUUUUAUAUUACCAGUCUCUCCUAAUUCCCAGGGCUUCAGAGAAUCCUCUGGCCACUGACCUUUGCAGUGUCAACUAUCUUUAACCUGACUCACCUCCUCUGAGGCCUUCAGAGGUCUCUGGCUGUGAUUUCUUGAAUCAUAGUUUAAUAACAGAUAGCAAGCUCAAGAACAGCCAUGUGCAAACUUAAAGUCUUUAUCAUACUUGUAUACUAUGUAUUUUGAUUACACUCACUUUGAUAUUGGUUCAAGACUAAUUCAAAACUAUUUCUAGUUUUCCCAAAUUUCUCUGAAACCAUCCCCUUCUUCACGUCUUAUAGCAUUUUAGUAUUCAAUCACAUUCACAAUACCAUACUUUGUAUAGCCAUUCCCCAAUCAACAGCAUCUCCUCAGUUUUCAAAUCUUUUAUUAUAAUUUUAACAUUAUUUUUUCAAAAAUUGAGCUCCAGAUUCUUUUAUUCAUUGAAAAUAUAAACAAUAUGGUACCCAUUAUUCAUAUGAAGUCAUGCAAAACAUUUCAAUGUUAGUCACAUUGCUCCCCAAUUCCCCUCCCCCCAUUAAUAUAAACUGAAAAAAAUAUACUUACGUCUUCACUUAGAACUUAUCAGUUCUCUUUGGAGGUGGAUAACAAUUUGUCAUGAGUGAGUCCUUUGGAAUUGUCUUGGAUCAUUGUAUUGAUCAAAGUAGCUAAAUCUUUCAUAGUUGAGCACUACUACAAUGUUGCUAUCAAUGUGUACAAUAUACCACUACAAUGUGUACGAUAUAGUCCUGGUUCUGCUCACUUUACUUUGCUUCAGCUCAUAUAAGUCUUCACAGCUUUUUUUGAAACCUUGCCAAUCAUCAUUUCUUAUAGUGUUUUAUAGCAUAUUGUAUUCCAUCACAAUCAUAUAUCACAAUUUGUUUAGCCAUUCCCCAACUGAUGAUUCUCUUAAUUUCCAAUUCUUUGCCAGCCCAAAAGUAGCUGCCAUAAACUUUUUGGUAUAUCUUUAGAAUUUGUUUUACUUAGGACUAAUAUUGCCCUUAAUCUAUUCCUCCUCCUAUUCCUCCCACCUCUUUCCUUCUCCCCUUCCCCUCCUUUUUUCCUCUAUUGAUUGAAAUAUAUUCCUGGUCUCAACUCUUAUGUGGAUGAAGUUCAGAUGUCAUUUGCUUUCCCCAUUCUUCCUCCUUGUAUAGGACACCCAUAUGCACUCUAAUUAUACAAGAUAAUUUUUCCCUUCUCUUUUCUUCCCUUCCCUUUCCGUUCCUCUUUAAAGAUCAUCAAAACAUAGAACUAUUCCUAAUCCCUCUUUUUACUUUCUACCAUAAUCCCUGAUUAUAUCCUUAUAUUGUUAUGUAAAUAAUUUAUCCUUUUGUGGUUUCUUAUUAUUAACUUACUGACAUUUACCUUAAUUUUUUUUUUUUUUACUCCUGUGUUUGCGUCUCGGAAUUUCUAUAUAAUUCUGGUCUUUUCAUCAGAAAUACUUAAAGGUCUCUCCUCCCCCCAAUAGGACUAUAAUAUAACUCACUUUUUCUGGAUGAGUUAUUCUUUGUUGUGAAUCUAUAUAUUUUGCCUUUCAGAUUAUUAUAUUCAAAGCUCUUUGCUUCUUUAUAGUGAUGGCUCCUAAAUCAUAUGUGAUCACAGCUGUAGGUCCUUGGUACUUGAAUUCUUUCUGUACAUCAGCUUGAAUAUGAGCUGGAUUUUGAUUGUGACAUUCCUGGGAGAUAUAAUUUUGGGAAUUCAGCAGGUUAGUAGUGAUUAUGAGUUUUUGGAAUACGAUGCCUGGGCUCUGUUUCUGGUCAUGUAUUUCAGAUAAAAAAUGAUCAUUCAACUCUCUUUCCUUUAUCUCUUUUCCAUGUUAAUUGUUUUUGCUAUGGAACAUUUUUUUUUAUAUUUUCAAACUUUUUACUUUGUUUUAGUAUUUCUUUUUACUUUGUGGAUUCAUUAUCUUAUACCUAAUCUUUUGUCGUUUUUCAGGAAAUUUGUUGCUAGGGUAGUAUUUUAUAUCUCUUUUGCCAACCUGCUUAUUUCUAUUUUUUUAUUCCAUGUCUCAUUCCUUUUACAUUUUUUUCUUCUAGAUUUCUCAUUUAUUUAUUUUGUUGAGGCAAUUGGGGAUAAGUAACUUGCCCAGGGUCACACAGUUAAGAAGUAUUAUGUGUCUUACAUCAGAUUUGAACUCAAAUCCUCCUGAUUUCAGAGCUGGUGUUCUAUCUACUGUGACAUCUAGUUGCCCCCUCAUUUGAUUUAUGAAAACAUUUAUAAUAUUCUUACUUCAUCUCUUCCAAGAUGUCUAGUUGGUUUUGUGCUUAAGCUGUGUUUUUCUUUGAGGCUUUAAUUAUAGGUGUUUUGGAAUCAUUUUCUUCUUUCAAGUCUUGUGUCCUUUUUACUAAAACAGCCUUUUAUGAUGGGAUUCUUUUUUACUUUUCUCAUCAUUCUAGCCUACUUUCUGAGUUAGGACUUGCUACUGGAGCCAGGUUCUGUGCUCAUCAUACCUCUAGAGCAGGAAACUGCUGCUGGGCUUACAUACUGUUAGCCAGCUAGAAAGCUCUAUUGUUUCCAAAUCACAGAAUUGCAGGCUUCUCUUUGGUCUGAGAUUCCUAACCUCAUUAUUUUACUGAAGGCUUGGCUGACCUGGUUAUUGAACUGAGUCCCAUUUUCCUCUUGAAUUCAGCCACUUAGCUGCUGUUUGCUCCCUGCUAAGUGCGAACCCUAGGCAUUCUUCUAUUCCCUAGUACCCUUAAAUGCAAGUCCCCUCUUCAAUCCAUCCUGGAUCUGUGACCUUUACCUGAGUAGCGACAGCUUCUAGAGUGACCCACACGAGAUCAGACUUCUUUGUGCCUUUGUGCUCUUUUUGCCAGAGUAUGCAGCUUCUCCCUGCCCUGAACUGUUCUGGUAGUUCCUGACUAAGUCCCAUUUCCAGGAUACUCAGACUUCUGUAUCUCUUUUUGCCAGCCUUGGCAUGAGAAAAUGAUUCACUGUGGUUUUUUUUAAGCUUCCCAAUGAAGAUUCAGUCUGGCACAUUUUUUUUUUUUUGAUCUUUAUAGUGGUGGCAUUCACCUUUUUAAGUUUUCUUUAUUUUUUGUCAUAACUUCUGAAGGCAGGCAGGCAGACAACAAAACAUUUAAGCACUUGCCUUGCACUGUACUAAAUACAGGCAAAAGAAAGAUAGCUCUUCCCCUGAAAAAAGCAUACACCCUAAUGGGAAAAGAAUGCACAAAAAAGGGUAAAAAGCUGAAGUUCAAAGAGGAGAGAAAGCACAGAAGUGAAAUCUAAGGACGCAGGAGCACAACUUAAAUGAGAAUGAAGAAUGGCCAGGUUGAGCCCAUUCUCAUAAUACAGACUUCUCCUGGUAGAGAAAAGGAUGUUUCAAGGUGAUAAGGCCCAAACCUGAGUUCUGAUGACAGAGUCCAGGGACUUUGAAUCACAGUGAGGAGGGGAAUAUGUAUGUAGGAACAAUAAGUAACCUUCAUUUCAUUUCAUUAAUUAGCAUAUUCAUAUUAGUGCUUUUAUAUACUCAUGAUGACAUCAACAUGGAUAUUUCCACUAGGAGCCCACCCAUGCUUUUUCAUCCUAUGCAAACCUUGUUUAUUUCCUCCUCCAAAUCCUUUACAGUGUCUAUCCAGAGUGGUGGGAACCUACAUGAAUGAAAACAUUUUCUAAGUGUUUAAUAUAUGCUGUGCUGUGUGAUGAGAAUACAAAUAAAAAAGCACGAAGGUAUCUGCUCUCAAGAAGCUUGCAUUCUAAUAUGGAAAGAUAGUGUGGAUUGGAAGCUUCAGCUACAAGUCAGAUGGAAAAGUUCACUGGUAUUUAGGUGUAACAGCUAAGCAGAGGGUGAUGCAGCUUCCUUAAUAUUUCAUUCGUCCCUGGAGCCAUUCGACAAUGCCAAAGACUUGGGUGGAAUGACCCCCCUACACACUGUUCUUGGGAAAACAGAAACCAUCCAGGUUGCAUCUCCGCAUGAGAUAACUUUCUGUUGUGAUGAUUGAGGGGGGUCACAGAGACCGUGUUCUGGAGGCACUGCAUUUCCAAAAUUAUUGGGCUUAAAGUCAGGCUUUUAGGGAUUGUGGUAGUGACUUGCCUUGCUGGGCCCUGCUGCCUCUGAUCUCUCAGAGUGCUUUGUUGCUCCAGCGAGGCUGCCUUGCCUAUCCAUAGGCAACUGUUGUCGGGAAUGCUUGGCUUCUGCUCCAGAGAUUGCUUCCCUUAGGAUGGCUGCAUGAGGUGGGCUGGAAGUCAGUCCUUAUUGGAGGGUGGGGAGUGGCAGACCAGACUGGGCUGCUUUCUUUCCUCAGGCCCUUAGUCAGUGGUUUCUGGUAAGCCCCUUCUUCCCAAGAGUUCUCCUCAAUGCUAGCCAUACGUCUAGUCUACAUCUAAAUGGAUACAGAAGGCAGUCCAGUGGUCAUGUGCAUGGUGUGGACAUAAACUUAUCAGUUGCCCUCAAUUUCUUUAUAUGACUCACUUCCUUUUCAGUUGUACAUCCUCCCUAAUGGAAUCUUUUAUGCCACUUGUCCUGUACAGUGGGGGGUUUAGGUAUUUUUUAUUUUGCUCUAUUACAGUUUACUUAUGCCCACCACAUGAUUCUCCAUUGCCCUUUGGCUGAACUGUAAGUUUUAAUUCUUCAGACAAGGUGGCAUUUCAUGACUUACAGCCAUGCAGCAUAGGAAUAAUAUUGAUAUUUGUAAGUUGGGCUUUUAUUUCAAAGGAAACAGAAAAGAAAGUAAAUUCCAGUGACUCCUUGUUGUUUCUUGUAUCAAAUAUAAACUUUUCCAUUUGACAUUUAAAGCUCUUCACAACCUGGCCCUUCCCUACCUUUCUAGUCUUCUCACAUUUUGCAUUCCAUCUGUACAGGCCGACUUGGUUCUCUACAUCAGGACAUUCCGGUCUCCGUCCCUUUGCAUUUCCUGUCCCUGAUGCUUGGAGUGUACUUCUUCCUCACCUCUGCCUUUUGGAAUCUCUGAUUUCCUUCAAGACUAAGCUCCAGUACCAUCUUUUUUUCAUGAAGGCUUUUCAGGUCUCUCUAGCUUCUCAGAGACCCCUCCUGAAACUCUUCUGAAUAUUUUCUGUAUAUAUUUAUAUAUGUUAUCCCCCUUAUUUGAAUAUUAGUAGGGGCUAUUUCAUUUUGUCUGCUUAUCAAAGACAAAAGUGAAAUAGAGGCAGUUUGGUGGCACUGGGUCUGGAUUUUAGAAGACUGAAGUUCAAAUGAGGCUUCAGACAUUUAUUAACUGUGAACCUGAGCAAGUUGUUUAACCUCUGUUAGUCUUGAUUUCCUCAUCUGCAAAACGGGGAUAAUUAUAGCACGUACCUUCAAGGGUUGUUGCAAAGAUCAAAUAAGAUAAUAAAAUGCUUAUAGGUAGUAAGCACUAUAUAAUGUCAGCAAUUAGUAGUAGUAUCAUGAAUGCUGAUCAGAGUGCUUUGUACAUAGUAAACAUUAAAAUAUUUGUAGAUUGACAAAGGCAUUAAAAAGACUGUACAGCUUCUCAAAUAUAAUCCUAAAAAUUAUCAUUUUCUUACCAA